GGCGAGUCUGGGAAGAGCACCAUUGUCAAACAGAUGAAGAUCAUCCAUGAGGAUGGCUACUCGGAGGAGGAGUGCCGGCAGUACAAAGCCGUGGUCUACAGCAACACCAUUCAGUCCAUCAUGGCCAUCAUCAAGGCGAUGGGGAACCUGCAGAUCGACUUUGGAGACUCCUCCAGAGCGGACGAUGCUCGGCAGCUGUUCGCGCUGUCCUGCACUGCCGAGGAGCAGGGCAUCAUGCCGGAGGACCUGGCCAAUGUUAUCCGGAGGUUGUGGGCUGACAACGGGGUCCAGGCGUGUUUUAACCGCUCUCGAGAGUACCAGCUGAAUGACUCUGCUGCCUACUACCUGAAUGACCUGGAGCGGAUAGCCCGCGCCGACUACAUCCCCACCCAGCAGGAUGUGCUGCGCACCCGCGUGAAGACCACCGGCAUCGUGGAGACCCACUUCACCUUCAAGGACCUGCACUUCAAGAUGUUCGACGUGGGCGGCCAGCGCUCGGAGCGGAAGAAGUGGAUCCACUGCUUCGAGGGGGUGACGGCCAUCAUCUUCUGCGUGGCCCUGAGCGCCUACGACCUGGUUCUGGCUGAAGAUGAGGAGAUGAACCGCAUGCACGAGAGCAUGAAGCUGUUUGACAGCAUCUGCAACAACAAGUGGUUCACGGACACGUCCAUCAUCCUCUUCCUCAACAAGAAGGACCUCUUUGAGGAGAAGAUCGUGCACAGCCCCCUGACCAUUUGCUUCCCUGAGUACACAG